UGUAGUAGUACUUAUUAUGUUCGAAAUGACCAAAACACCCUUACAUAUAUAACAGCUGUCUGGGCAUAAAUUAGCACAUUCCGAGCACUAAAUUCGUCACCACACACUUCUUUUUUCUUGCCAUUUUAUUCGUAUUUUAACGGUCAUCAUUAAUGACAAGUAAAAGGAUUCUCAAAUGUCAAAUCUCAAAUUGGAUUGGAAGGUGAAAACUUUUCUGUGGUGAUAAUAGGGUUUUGUUUUGUUGGUGGGAAAAUCAACCGAAGCCUAAAAGUUUCUUCAGGGGACAGGAAGUUUCUGGACUUUUACGUUUGAGCUAACCCAACAGCCAACUUCCAGGAGAUAAGAGAAGUUGGGUUUAGAGAGAAAGGGAGAGAAGGCUGAGUACUGAGUUGUUGUGAUUUUGCUAGCUUGUCUAUUCUUGGCUUUUGUUAUCUGUAAAGCAGGUGUCUGAGUUGUCAAGUGAAGACCAAAUGUAUGCUUGUUAAUAGAUGUACUGGGAGUAAUGAUAUUUCUUGUGUUCUGUGGUUGAUAAGCCAAUAUGCAGAGUAAUUAUCUUUUUAGACUAGGUGGUGCAGUGAGGCAGGGAAUCAAGAAAUCCAUAUCUGGGCAAGAAAGUAGGCUCCAAGAUUUGGUGGAGAUUUUGGUCGCAGAAGAGAGAUUGUUGUUCGGGAAAUUCUUCUGUUCUGUGCCAUCUGCAAGAUUGUCUGACCUGCAUGUGAUUGUACGGCCUGGAACUUUAGCGGCUGCACAGGCAAAUUUGAAUAUAGUUAAUCAGAGGAAGAAUUUUUCAGUGGUCGGUGCUAUUCCUCGUGCAUUGUCUAUACCAUCUGUCUCAGGGCAUGCAUUUCAGUUCUGUGGCUAUCACAUUGAUCGCCUAUUAUCUGAGCCUACUCAAGUUUCUAUAGAGACUGACUCUCAUAAAGCUCCUAUGGCCAUUUGUGGUUCAAGAACUUCUGUUGGCUGUUCCUCGAGUAAAAUGACUUCAAGGCAUCUCAAACCUUGCCUUUUAGUAAAUAGUCCGAUUACUAUGUAUAACAAUAGAAAUUUCGACAAUUCUCAAAAAGCCAGCAUGAGAGUGAGGAAUAACAAUCAGCCCAACAACUUUGUUGUCUAUGGAUAUUUCACAUACAAUGCUGUACAGAGCAAGGGCAAUUCAAAUGUUUAUGAAGGAUUUGGAUUCAAGGGUUUUCAUAGUUCUUCAGCUGCAUGUAUCUCUGCUGGCGCUGCUCCUGAUGUGUCCUUUGAUAACUCUCUGCGUGAGGUACACCCUGCAAGUUCAGCAAAUUCUCCUGAACAAAAUAUCCAUAUCGAUCGAAGCCUGAAGCUUAAUUCAGGGUCAUGUUACCUGCCUCAUCCUGAUAAAGAAGAAAAAGGUGGCGAGGACGCUCAUUUUAUUUGCAUCGAUGAACAAGUAAUUGGUGUAGCUGAUGGUGUUGGUGGAUGGGCUGAUCUUGGUGUUGAUGCUGGGCAAUACGCCCGAGAACUCAUGUCAAACGCAGUAAGUGCAAUUUGCGAGGAACCAAAAGGUUCAGUAGAUCCAGCCAGGGUCCUGGAGAAAGCUUAUAUACACACAAAAGCCAAAGGGUCCUCAACUGCCUGUAUUAUUGCCCUUACAGAUGAGGGUCUCCAUGCCAUUAAUUUAGGAGAUAGCGGAUUCCUGGUGGUUAGAGAUGGAUGUACUGUUUUCAGAUCCCCCGUGCAGCAGCAUGAUUUCAAUUUUACAUUUCAGCUAGAGAGUGGUAGUGCUGGUGACUUACCAAGCUCUGGGGAGGUGUAUAAAAUACCAGUUGCUCCAGGAGAUGUCAUCAUAGCUGGCACUGAUGGGUUGUUUGACAAUUUGUAUAACAGCGAUAUAACUGCAAUCGUGGUGCAUGCCACGAGAGCUGGCUUAGCACCUCAGGUUACAGCUCAGAAGAUAGCCGCAUUGGCUCGACAAAGGGCACAGGACAAAAACAGGCAAACUCCUUUCUCUGCUGCAGCUCAAGAAGCUGGCUUCCGUUACUAUGGUGGGAAGUUGGACGACAUAACUGUGGUUGUGUCUUACAUAACCAGUGACAAAAAUGAAAGCUCCAACAGGUUGAAGAUUAGUUAAACAGGUUUUGUACCUAUAUUGGGUAGCAGGUGCGCGUCUUUUUGUGAAAUUCAAACUGCUGGUCUUGGGGUCAGUUUAGCAGCUUCAUAUAACACAGGCGUUUGAGGAUGCAAAUCUAAUACUGUACCACUUGUAUAUAUUAGUCUUUUGGCAAUUCUCUACCUCUUCUUCCCAUACUCCAAACCACACCCUAUACAGAACCUUUGAUCCCCUCUCUGUGUUCCUCUGUGGAGAAGUUAAGAAUGUUUAUGUUUUUUGAAUGAAGUGUACAAAUAUGAGGGGAAUUCUUUUGGUGGUUAAUGAAGAUUUGGACUUUUCUGGUAAUA